CGAGAUGACCACAUAACCAUAAGCUAAAGUCAAUUUGUUGUCUUUCGAACAGACUUCUGCUCUGCCUCCGCAUCGUAUGUGGUUGUCACGCACGUACAGAAAAGUGCUAAUCAUUAAUUAUAAAAAAGGUGAAAAAUAUCAACGGAAAGACGGUUUAAUAGUGCAUAUUAAAACACAUAAAUACGACGUAUACUUUAUACGGCUCGGUGCAGCUUUGGGUAAAAAUUGCCAGCAUUAAGAUACCAAUAUGUGCUUGUGUGAACGCCUGCGCCAAAGCUUCCAGUAACUGUGGCAAUAAUCACAAAUCAAUUCAACUAGGAUAUACCCAUAUAUACAUAUAAAUAUAUUAGGUACAUAAUUAAUCAUUGCUAUGGCCUGUGCUACACUUAAACGCGCCUUGGACUGGGAGUCUCUGAACCAGCGACCAAAUAAACGUCGCCGUUGCAAUCCCUUUGGGCAAUCGGGUAGCACCGGCUCCUCCCCAUCCCGGAACGGCAACACUGAUGGCGCCGCUAGCGCUCCACACACUCCUAGCAGUCGGUUCCCAAAAGACAGCAGUGAACCCAGUCCUUUUUCCGAGGCUUCACUUGUCAAGAUGUCGCCAGCAGACAAAAUGACGAUCAGCUUGUGCAAUGAAAUCAAGAGACUGCACAAACGCAAACAGCUGCCCAUCACAUCGGCCGCACUGGAACGUAUGCAAGACUCGGAAUCCAGUGGCUCCGAAAUGGGGCCUGAAAGUCCUCACCGACCGGACAGCCCACCUAAUCUGAUGCGUAAUCCAGAGAAGGCUUUAUUCACAUUCAAGCAGGUACAACUUAUAUGUGAAGGAAUGAUGAAAGAACGCGAAGAUCAACUGCGCGAAAGGUACGAGUCGGUUCUGACCAACAAAUUAGCCGAACAAUAUGAUGCCUUUGUAAAAUUCACAUAUGAUCAGAUACAGCGUCGUUAUGAGGCUGCGCCUAGCUAUUUGUCAUAAGCCAACAUGUACGCGUCAGGCUGUGCGAGGCCCCACUCCCUCAAUAAAAAGCACUAAGAUCUUAUGUGGCGGCGAUAUUAUGGCCGACAUCAACAGCAACAUAAUAGCCCUCAUUUAAACUAAAACAAAAAAAACUACAUUGUGUUUAAUAUAUUUUUUGAAUUACUAAAGGAGCAGUUAUAGUUUACAUAAAAUUAGACUUGUAUGCAUAGAUAUAUACAUAUAUAUAUAUUGGUGAAAAUCAACAAAGGGAGAAUACUUUAACGGCUUGCGCAAAAAAGCAACAACAAUCUUGUUACAUUUACGUUUUUCAUAUAACAAAAAUUCUAAAUAAAAAUGACAAAUAUGUAUCUGUAUAGAUAAAAUAGGAAUGCAUAUAGCGGUGCACAAGCAGGCUAUAUACAACAAAUGCUGGAAAAGGUGCUGCCGUUCUCUGCGCUGGACGUGCAACACAUCAUACACAAUUCAAAGAAACCUCAACAGUAGCUUCGUAUAUAAAUAUUAAUAAACAAAAAUAAGAAA